AUGGUGUCAUCUCUUAUUUUUUAGAAAUGAAUGCAGACUCUGUUGCAAUGACAGAUCUCAGUGAAAAGAUGCAUAAACCGGAGACAGUGUGCAUCUUUGGAACGGGUGAUUUUGGACGCUCACUGGGGCUCCGUUUGCUCCAGUCAGGAUACAAUGUUGUGUAUGGAUCCAGGGGCCCUAAAAACUCUCUGUUGCUGCCUAAGGGGUCAAAGGUCAUGACUCAUGCAGAAGCAGCUUGUGAAGCUCGUGUGGUAUUCGUGGCUGUGCAGAGGGAGCACUAUGGAUUUUUGAGCUCCCUGGCUUCAGGUCUUGAGGGAAAGGUGCUGGUAGACGUCAGCAAUAAUCUCAGGAGGGGUCUGUACCCAGAAUCCAAUGCAGAAUACCUGAGCAGGCUGGUUCCAGGGGCGACGGUAGUCAAAGCCUUCAACACCAUCUCUGCCUGGGCACUGCAGUCUGGAGGACUAGAUGCCAACAGACAGGUACUUCUCUGUGGAGACCGUUCUGAUGCUAAACAGCAAUUGAUGGACAUUGCUCAAAGUCUCGGUUUCACUGCUGUGGACAGAGGCUCCCUCCGGGCGGCUGCUGAUUUAGAAGAUCUGCCCCUGCAACUCUUCCCUCUCUGGAGACUUCCUCUCAACAUCGCCAUUUGUUUAACAGCUUUCAUAUUCUUCUACGCGCUCACAAGAGAUGUUAUCUAUGAGCGUGUUACCAAUGGUAAAGACAUCACUUUUCGAAUUAUGGUCUCGCUGGCCAACAAGGCCUUUCCCAUCGUCUCUCUGGUGAUGCUGUCCUUCUGUUACCUGCCGGGCGCGUUGGCUGGAUUUCUGCAACUUUAUAAUGGCACUAAGUACCGUCGCUUCCCUGAUUGGUUGGAUCGCUGGAUGCUGUGCAGGAAGCAGCUGGGUCUGCUAGCACUGGCCUUCGGUUUUCUACAUGUUCUCUACACUUUAGUUAUACCCAUCAGAUACUAUGUACGCUACAGGAUAAAUGUCUACACUAUAUCACUGGUAAAAGAUAAUAAAACCUAUGAGUUUGACAACAUGGCAGCCUGGCGUUAUGACUCCUACUAUUCCAUGGGAAUUCUUGGAUUUGGGCUGUUUGUCCUACUAGGAAUUACAUCCCUUCCAUCUGUGAGCAAUUCCCUAAACUGGAGGGAGUUCCGUUUUGUACAGUCUAAACUAGGCUACAUCACCCUGCUGCUCUGUACUGUUCACACAUUUCUGUAUGGCUAGGACAGAUUUUUGAAACCUUCAUCAUAUAGGUGGUAGAUGCCUCCAGCAUACAUGUUGUCUCUUGUGGUCCCCUGUGUGGUUCUGAUUCUAAAGCUAAUCCUGAUCACUCCAUGCGUGGACAGCAAGGUCACCCGUAUCCGUCAAGGCUGGGAGAGACAAGGCAAGACUUCAGCAAACGGCAGAGAUACAAAGACAAACCAACCACUCAUGGCGUAGCCAUCUUUAAACUAUGAAA